GGAAAUAACGCCCCCAUUUGCUAGAUGAGGCUGUAACAGGAGUCAACGGGGAGGAAAAUAAGGAAAAACCUCGGCCUUUGAGUUAAAUUCGGGUACUUGUGGAAGUCUGGACCUGGAACACCGUGUGUGGCCAUUGUGAGUCAUGCUGGUUUCUAAAUAGGGGGACACUUGCGCUCUGAGCCCUUGUUGAAUUGUCUUUCCCCCCACUGGAAUUGGAAAUAAUGACCGAAGCAAAGAGACACAGAACAGUCUCCGCUAGAGGCCGAACCUCAUCUGCUGUAAAAGUGACUGUGCGCGGGGGGCCAAGCGCCAGACUCGAUUAGCCCACCUUUCCUGGACUUUGAGAGGAGCUUGAGGCAGAUGUCAGUCCCCAGGACUCUGUGUUUGUCGUUUUUUUGCCUUUUUUGCGUUCCUGCCCGCUGAGCCGCAGCCAUGGGUCCGUGUCCCGCCGUGUCCUGGUUCACGAGAAAGGCCAAAUUUCUUCUCCUGCUGGCGCUGUGCCUGUGCGUGCUAGCGUGGAUAGCCACACUCGCUAAUGGGCCGGUGAAGACCACAGAACAGGAGCCCACUCUACCUCAGGUGCAGAAUGAAGGGAAGAAAGACGCAGAGCUGAAACUGGAGGAAGGUCCAGAGAGGUCAUCCGCUAUAUGGAACCAGCUGGACAGCCCAGCUGAAGAAGAGGAGGAGCAAGAAGAGCAGGGGACUGAAGAUAAGGCCACCAAAGCUAGCUGCCCAGAUGAAUCUCCGCUGCUCCGUGGAGAGAUGAAGCUGUCCUUCGAGCCGACUCUGACCCUGGGCCAGGUGGAGGGAGAGAAUCGGGCGGUGGUGGAGGGUCAGUACGAACCUGCGGACUGCAUGGCCAGACAAAGCGUCGCCAUCCUCCUUCCUCACAGAAACCGAGAGAAACAUCUCCUCUAUCUUCUGUACCACCUGCACCCCUUCCUGCAGAGACAGCAGAUCCAUUACGGCAUCUACGUCAUCCACCAGGCUGGAGACGCUACGUUUAACAGGGCUAAGCUGCUAAAUGUUGGCUACCUGGAGGCUCUGAAAGACUACAGCUGGGACUGCUUCAUCUUCCACGACGUCGAUCUAGUUCCUGAAAACGAUCGCAAUCUGUACACAUGUGAAGAUCAACCCAAACACUUGGUGGUGGGCAGGAAUUCCACCGGCUACAGGCUGAGAUAUAAAGGUUACUUCGGGGGUGUGACUGCCAUGACGAAGGAGCAGUUCGCCAAAGUGAAUGGCUUUCCCAACACGUACUGGGGCUGGGGGGGCGAGGACGACGACCUCCGCAUACGGGUGCAGCUACAGGGGAUGAAGAUCGUUCGGCCUCUGCCAAAAGUCGCCCGCUAUACCAUGGUCUUCCACAAGAGGGACAGCGGCAACGAGGUCAACCAAGACAGGAUGCGUCUGCUGGGCCGGACGGCGCAGAUGUGGAGGAAGGAUGGCCUGAACUCGUGUUCUUAUAAGACUCUGUCAGUGGAGAGACCUCCACUCUACAUUAAUGUCACUGUGGAUAUAGGCAAGCCCCCGUAUGCUGCCAGAGUCAAGCGUAUGGCUGUCCAGCCUGCCCUACAGUGAACUGAACCACAACAGACAGCGGGGCAGGAUGGUGCAGCCUGGAGAUACAGCGGUAGAUCCAGUGCACUCCAGCAGAUCUCUGACAGCUGUGGCUUCUACUGAAUGAGUGCCUAUGCAUUAAUACUGAAGGCCUGCAGACAUAUUCAUACAGGUAUAUGCAAAAGUUUAGGCAUCUUUUUGCUCAGUCUGCCGUUUAAGAGGAUUGUUUCAUCAAAAGAACGUUAACAUUGCUAAAAAUGAAUUACACAGUCGUAUGCAAAGUUUGAAUACUCUGAGUCAAGUGACAUGUUUUUUUGAUUUUCUAAGCGAAAAUAACACGUCCUUAAAUAUGGCAUUUCUUGUGCGUUUUUUAUUUUUUUUUCUCUCCAGGGUGCCCAAACUUUUGCAUACGACUAUGAAUGAAGUUAUUUCUUGGCUGCUAGCUUACAGUUUUCGAGUAUUCUUAGUAUUAGCGAAAAAGGGGAAUCUACAGAUUUUGUAUCGUGUAUGUUUAUGACUAAUCUGCAAAUACUAAUCUGUUUAUGACUAAUCUGCAAAAACA